AGUCACAGCAAAGCUUACCAUUGGAUCGAAUGCCGCUUUUCGUGGUUUGUAUGCACGUAGUUUAACAUCUCAGGCUACCGAGAAAGCUAGUAAUGCUGCCAAAGGCACCUUGUCCAAGAUUGCCGGGUUUCAGAAGCCAAUUGUUUAUAACGCCCGAGUUUUGAAGGAAAUAGCGAAGGAGGUUUACGUCAAGGAGAAUCUCCGUCCUCCCAGCGCAGCUCAAAUUUCAGAGGUUUGGGAAGGACUUAAAUCUAUUAGACCAAGUGACAUUAACAAAUUGAGCUCCGAUGAUAUUAAAACAAUCGGAGUACGGUCUCUGGAAUGUUUGGGAUUCUUCAUCAUUGGGGAGGUAAUUGGCAGAAGAGGUUUAAUUGGCUAUAAUAGUUAG